GACAGGAAAAAGCGUGUGAAAUCUGCUCAAAACCUUUGACUAUAUCACCCCCUACAAUUUUCUUCACAUUUUCACCAAAAUUAAAAUCCCUUUCAUCAUUUAUAAAAACACACCCCACAAAAAACACACCCCACAAAAAAAAACACACACACACACACCAAAAAAAAAAAAAAAACAUUUCAUCAAAAUCCCAAAAAACCAAAAAAAAUGUAUUCCCACAUCUUAAACUUAAUAACCCUUUUAAUCAUCUUGAUCAAUCUAUCUCUAAUCCCACCCGCCGUAACUUCCGAUCCACGUGUCACCACCGCCAGCAACGUCACCUGCGGCACCGGCAGUCCGACCACCCCAACUUACAUCCCAACUUUUGUUCAAGCCAUGGAACAGCUGUCGAGCAAUCUCAACAAUUCCAACAACAAUUUCGCAACAACAAAUAUAACAAAUAUUCCAUCAUCAAAUAACUCAACUUUUAGUUUUUAUGCAUUAGUCCAAUGUCACGAAGAUCUUUCUCGUACGGAUUGUCUUGUUUGUUACGCCGUCAGCCGUACGGCCGUACCGGCGUGUUUACCUCGUACUUCUGGAAGGAUUUUUUUAGAUGGGUGUUUUGUAAGGUACGAUAAUCAUAGUUUUUUUCAAGAAGCUGUUGACCCAAAUACGGAUACGAAAAAUUGUAGUUCGAAUUUAAGGAGUGAUAAUGAUUGGAGUGAUUUUAGAGGGGGGUUUAAUGAAUUUAAUCAAAGUGUAAGGGGGUUGGUUGAAAAUAUGACGGAAGUGGCUUUGAAUAAUAGUGGGUUUAGUGUGAUGGAACUUGGUGGGGUGUACGGAUUGGCUCAAUGUUGGGAGAGUUUAAGUAAUGAUGGGUGUAGGACUUGUUUGGAAAAAGCUAAAAAUGAAGUCAAAACUUGUGUCCCAAGUAGAGAUGGAAGGGCUAUGAAUGCUGGUUGUUUUUUGAGAUAUUCUACACAGAAGUUUUAUCAUAAUGAUGAUGAAGGAGGUGGGGGUAGUUCAGCGAUUUCUAGUCCAGGAGCCAAAGUAGCUGUUGUCUUGGCUUCAGUUGCCUUCCUUAUGAUCUCAUCCUUUGCUGGUUAUGCAGCAUAUAUAAGAAUUUCUAAGCGCCGAGAAGAAAAGAAAAACAUGGGUCAACUUUCUAAUUCGUUUAACAAGUCUGGAUUGAAGUACAAGUAUGAAACACUGGAGAAAGCAACAAACUACUUUGAUAUCUCGAAUAAAUUAGGCCAAGGAGGAGCAGGGUCUGUCUACAAAGGAACUCUUCCUAAUGGAGAUGUUGUAGCUGUGAAAAGAUUGUUUUUCAAUACAAGACAGUGGGUCGAUGAAUUCUUUAAUGAAGUCAAUCUGAUAAGUGCAAUUGAACACAAGAACCUUAUCAAGCUUUUGGCUUGUAGUAUCGAAGGGCCAGAAAGUCUGUUGGUCUAUGAGUAUGUUCCAAACAAGAGCCUUGAUCAUUUCCUUUUCGACAAGGAUAAAGUACAAGUUCUCAGUUGGAAGCAAAGGAUGGGGGUGAUCCUUGGGACAGCUGAAGGUCUAGCAUAUCUUCAUGGAGGGUGUCAUGUAAGAAUCAUCCAUCGGGACAUCAAGAGCAGCAACAUUCUUCUUGACAAAGAUUUUAAUCCAAAGAUUGCGGAUUUUGGGCUCGUCAGGACUUUUGGGGCUGAUCGGAGUCAUCUUACCACUGGCAUUGCUGGAACUUUGGGAUAUAUGGCACCUGAAUACAUAGUUCGCGGACAACUAACUGAAAAAGCGGAUGUUUUCAGUUUUGGAGUUGUGGUUCUUGAGAUUGCGUGUGGCAAAAGAAAUAACGCCUUUGUAGAAGAUGCCGGCUCCCUUUUGCAAACAGUAUGGAAGUUAUAUAAAGAAGGCGUUGUAGCUGAAGCAAUUGAUCCUUUACUCAAUGGUGAUUUUCCCGAGCAAGAAGCGUUAGAAGUGCUUCAAAUCGGGCUUAUGUGCACACAAGCAUCUGCAGCUUUAAGGCCAUCAAUGGAGGAGGUGGUUGUGUUUUUGACCACAAAGAGUGGAGACAGGCAAAUCCCAGUCCCUCAUCAACCCCCAUUUUUAAAUGCUCGGGCUCUUAUGUCUCAAGGGCUAACCAAUAGCUCGAAUUCUAGCCCAUUGACCAAGAUGGGCCAGUCGUACACAACAUCACAGUCGUCCACGACACCAAGUUCAGAAUGGCCCUUAAGAAUUGACGAACUGAGCUCGGGUUAGCUCCUUUUUUCGGUCUACAAGAUUAGUGUUUAUCAUGAAUAUAGAGGACAUCUUGUUAUGGAUGAUGGGGGAGGAUUUGUGCAUAAUUAUACAACUUUAGCUUCACAUUUUCUUGGUUUAUUUAUUUUUUCUUAUGGUUUUUUUUGGAGAAAUAUUUAGUAUUAUUAGUUAUUAAUUGUAAAUUUGAGAGAAAUUUUGUGAAUUUGUUAAGAACAAAAUUAGAAGAUUUAUUUGUUGUGGUGAUGGUGGUGGCAAAGUUAAGCAAAUCAAGCUUGACCAACAGAUUAAUAACUAAAUUUUAGCUUGUUAGUA